ACUAUGAAGCAUUUCACUUUAUAUGUGACUUUUUUUUUUUCAAAAUUUCCAUAGGCAGGUGCCAUCAUGUCCCCCAUUAUGUAUAUCAUGUUGAUUUUGUGCCAUAUUCUCCCAUAAUGUCCUCCAUUGUCCCAUUUAGUCUCACCGUGUUCCAUUUCUGUCCCAUAGGCUCCCCUAUCGAGUCCUAUAAUGUUCCCAGUUAUGUCUGGUCACAUCCCAUAACCUCACUUGAUAAGUCCCAUUUUGUCUCAUGUCCCCGAUUGUUUCUCAUCGUGUCCUGCAGGGUCCAGCAAAUGUCCCCUCUUAUGUCUGCUGAAGUCUCGCUUUUCCUCCUGUUGCAGUGAUUCUUAACUGCUGCCGCCCUCGGACCCGCAUUUUCCUGCGGCUGUAAAGUUGCAACCCACACAUUUCUUUUUUAAAUCCAAUGUCUCUGAAAACACUUAGAAUCCAUUAAAGUUUGAAAUGUGUUUUCAAAUGACUUUGAUGCACAAUGAGCCACUUUUGGGUCCUGACCACCAGGUUGGCUGUCGUUGCCCUCAGCUUUUCUGACCCGUUUUAUCCUUACAAAGAAGGGAUAACCUUGAGCCCACAAGGAACUCACGCCAGGCAAAAUGCGGGAAAGAUAUAAACGGAAUGAGCGUUUGCGUGGUAUAAUCUGGCAGAGUCCCCGAUCGGCAUUCCUAGAAUUCCAGCAGCGUCACUACCGGUCCAACAGGUGCCGUCAACCAGUCCCUUUGAGGGCAUUUCUUCUUGUUGUGCUUGAUCGCCGGUCAUUCAUGCUCGAAUGCCUGCGUAGCGUGUGCCCGGCUCUCUGGCAGAGGCUCUAUGGGGACAAAAAUGCAAAAGUGGACGGCAAGACUGCCUCCGAUCCGAAAGUGUCCCCGCCACCGCGACCGCCACCAGCUGAUGAGGACGAGACCGGUAGUACUUAUGAGGCCAUGUGGGAUUUCCAGCGCCGGAACUCGAACGAGUUGACGUUCCAGAUGGGGGACCUGUUCAAGGUCCGGAGCCGCAGUGAUGACUGGUGGACCGUGGACAGGUUGGACGAGACCGGCAACCCGCUCGACGGCGGCGUUGUGCCUGCAAACUACCUGACAAAAACUAAUACCAGUGGGCUGGUGGAACCAUGGAAUUUUGGGACCAUGAACCGCGUAGAAGCCCAAAGUCACCUCAUGGCACCUGGAAACGGACCGGGAGCAUUUCUUAUCCGAUCCAGUGAAAACCACGUCGGAUACGUCCUUUCAGUGCGUUCCAGCUGCCGGGUGAAACACUUCAAGAUCACCCAAACUCCUGACGGCCGCUUCGACCUGGAUGGCCUGCAGCAGUUUACGUCAUUGAGCCACUUGGUGGCGCACUACUGCAACAACCGCCUCCGUCUCAGCAACGAGGACAUGCUGGGCGAACCCUGCAGGCCCAGGCAACCCCUGUCAGAGGUCACCUUCCCGGACAAUGAGUGGGAACUUCCCAAAGAGGAGUUCACUUUGGAGGACAAGCUGGGAAGCGGCUUCUUUGCGGACGUCUACCGAGGGUGGUGGAAGUCGCACAUUCGCGUGGCCGUCAAGAUCAUCAAGAAUGAUUCGGAACUGGACCACUCGGAGUUCCAGAGGGAGGUGCAGAUCCUCAAGCGUCUGCGCCACCGUCACCUUAUCUCACUGUUCGCCAUCUGCACUGCCUCCUCACCGUAUUACAUCAUCACCGAGCUGAUGGAGAAAGGAAGCCUGCUCAACCUGCUUAGAAGUUCCGAGGGUCAGCAGCAGGAUAUGAGCUCACUGCUGGAUAUGGCCGGCCAGGUGGCCGACGGGAUGUCGUACCUGGAGGAGCACAAUUUCGUUCACAGAGACCUGGCGGCCCGGAAUGUUCUGGUGGGAGAAGACUACAUCUGCAAGGUGGCGGACUUUGGACUGACCCAAAUCAUCAAGGAGCCCGUUUACUUCGCGUACCAGAAAACCAUUCCGCACAAAUGGAGCGCGCCGGAGGUCAUCACCCACAGGAAGUUCUCGGUCAAGUCCGACGUGUGGUCCUUUGGUGUCUUGCUCUACGAGAUGCUCACAUACGGAGGCGUGCCCUACCCAGGUCUGAGUGGCCAGGAAGCGGACGAGCUGGUCAGUGGGGGCUACAGGAUGCCGGCGCCGCCCGCUUGUCCGCCCUUCCUCUACGAAAUCAUGUGCAAAUGCUGGCACGCCGAUCCCGCCCUGCGGCCUGACUUCUGGCAGCUGAAGGAGCAAAUGUACAACAUCUACGAGGCGGACGGUGGCGGCUACAUGCCGUGACGUCGUCCCACGCCUUUGAAUCGCUCUUUCGUUUUGAAAAAAAAAAGCGUUUCCGCACGCCCGCUUGGAGCCGAUCUCAGAGAAGACAAGAGAACCGGGACACACUCUAGUGGUUCUCGGCUGUUGUCACCUUGAGACCCGUUUUCAAAGCGGUUAAGUAAAAUAGCCUCUGAAAACAAAGUUCAACCUUUAGAGGCCAUUUCAAAUGCAUUUGCGGUAGCGCCAAAGGCUCAUUGCUCGCCACGACGUCUGCCAGCCAGAGGCUGAGCUGCACUGUAUUUGUUUGCUGAGUUGGAUAGCGGCUAGAGAACAAGGAAGUAACAUUUCUUGCUCACGUUCCACCUGUCUUUCUUUUGUUAUAGAUUUCUAACAAUGUACAAUUUUAUGAGUAUUUACAAUGGAUAUUCAGUCAUUAGUACUUAACUUGCAUAACCUGGACAAUUUUUUUUUUGCUUGAGGAUGAAUUAAAAUAUGUUGAA